UUGCUUGCGUGUGAGGUGGGUAACACAGAUUCCUGUAGUCAUUUCGUCAAAGUGGAAAAUAAUAAUUAUGAUAAAGGUGUUGUUCUUCAAAGGCAAUUCAAUCAGGUGCAUGUAAUUUUGUCACGCUCCUAAAAUUCCUAACAUGGAGUACAGCACCAAUAAUAAAUAGUUUUUGCUGUUUCUUCAAUAAUGAUACGCUCCGAUAAAUUCCCUGCACAUUAGUGACAAAGUAACUUCCUGUGAUACAGGUAGAAUUAAUGCAUUUGAGACAUAAUAAAAUGACCAGUGUUUAUUACCUAGUACCUGGCAGAAAAAAAUUGUCAUCUAAUCGAGGCUUCACAAAGCAUAGCCCACACAAAGCCACCAUUGAAAGAAAUGCAUAUGCAAAAGCAGUGUUUUGUGUGUGUGUGUGUGUGUGUGUGUGUGUGUGUGUGUGUGUGUGUGUGUGUGUGUGUGUGUGUGUGUGUUUGUGUGUGUGUUUGUGUGUGUGUGUGUGUGUGUGUGUGUGUGAGAGAGAGAGAGAUGUCGCUCAUACUUGUUCACCACUUUGGAUUCUAUUGUCUCUGGACGUAGAAGUCAACAGUGAAUUUGUCACCAGUGGCAGCAACAUGAAGGGCAAAAAUCCUCACAAGAAAGAUGGACGAAAGUUAUAUUAUUGGUCAGCGAGCUCGCCACGCCAAGCCAUAAGAAACUAAAUGGUCACAAUAAUGACAACAGGUCCUCUUGAACUAUGUGUCCCACCAUGAAAUGUUUGCAAGCUUACCAGAUAGAGAGUUUGUGCACACGCCGGAGCCCAUCUGGACAUACAACACGACCUCGUACGUCAUGCUUCCCUGUAGGGUUGACGUAAUGUACAAUUUGACGGACCCGUUCAUCCUGUUCCACAGGUCAUAUUUCUCGGGCAUCACCAAAUAUCGUAUUCUCCGCUGUGGAACAGCUCAUGUACACGAGCGUAAACGGAAGCUGUGGAAUCGUUAUGGUCAGACCCUUGUAUGGCGAUUUUCUGACGAAACUGAUCUUCGGGAACCAAAAAGCAUGCUUGAUAAACAAAGUUGUGAACAUUGCGGAAGAGGAUACAACAUUGUAACCAUCCGUCGUAUAAUUUCGACCCAUGGUAUGACCUCCGGAUUAAAAACUCUUCCACUGAAUUCGGUCCUGAUAUUGAUUGUGUGGUACGUUUCAAUGAUAUUGGGCAGCAAGGACAGCUUCUUUACAUGCCAGACUGCCAAGGGAUAAUUCGAAUCAACAGUUAAUAUAAACGGUUCACAAUUCCACACGUAGGUAUAACAUCAUCACCGACAGAAGCACCGGAGUGCGAUCUUUCUUCACCCAAACUUUCACUACAGCUUUUUGUACUUCCAUAACCAAUCAGCAAUAAAAAGUUAAAGAUUCUUUA